CGGGGCCUAUCAGGAGACGGCUCCGAAGGGAGCCGAGCCUGAGCGGACAGAGCCGAGCGCGGCCGAGCGAGGUGCGGACCAUGGCGGAGACAGGAGGCGGGGCCCGGAGCCGGGCCGACUUGUCCGUGGGGCUUAUGUGGUUCAGGUUGGACCGGCGCAGGUCUUCGAUAUCCCGAGAGGGUGAGCAGCGCGCCUGGCAGUGGUGCCGGGAGUUCCUGGGCGGUGCCUGGCGCCAAGUGCAGGCCGAGCAGCUGCAAGUGAGCCCAGUAAGCGGGGGGCUCAGUAACCUGCUCUUCAGAUGCGCCCUCCCGGAGAAUAUGCCCCUAGUCGGGGACGAGCCCCGGGAAGUGCUACUGAGGCUCUAUGGGGCCAUCCUGCAGGGAGUGGACUCCCUAGUCCUGGAAAGUGUCAUGUUUGCCAUCCUGGCUGAACGUCGUCUGGGACCUCGGCUUUACGGGGUCUUCCCUGAAGGGAGGCUGGAGCAAUACAUCCCGAGCCGGCCGCUGCGGACGCAGGAGCUGCAGGACCCGCGGACGUCUGCCGAGAUCGCUGUCAAAAUGGCCCGGUUCCACCUCAUGGAGAUGCCCUUCAACAAGGAACCUAAGUGGCUGUUUGGGACCAUGGAGCGAUACAUGAAGCAGAUCCGGGAUCUGACUCCUUCCCAUUCGACCAAAAGUAGUCUGAUCCAGAGGUACCACCUGGAGGAAGAGAUGGACAAGCUGCGGCAACUUCUGGAUUCCACAACCUCCCCGGUGGUAUUCUGUCACAACGACAUCCAAGAAGGGAACAUUCUGCUGCUUUCAGACAAGGAGCCUACUCUUAUGCUCAUCGAUUUUGAGUACAGCAGCUACAAUUACAGGGGGUUCGACAUCGGUAACCACUUCUGUGAGUGGAUUUAUGACUAUAGCCACAGGGAGUCGCCCUUCUUCCUGAUGAAGCCUGAGAACUACCCAAGCCGGGAGCAGCAGCUCCAUUUCAUCCGAAAUUACCUGUCAGUGAUCCAGGGGGAUGAGCCUCCCUCCCCAGAAGAACAGACUGAAUUGGAAGAGAACAUGCUGGUGGAGGCGAACAGGUUUGCUCUGGCAUCCCAUUUCUUCUGGGGACUCUGGUCCAUCCUCCAGAAUAUCAUGUCGACCAUCGAGUUUGGCUACUUGGUAGGCUUUCCUUCCCAGGAAUACGCAGAAUCACGAUUCCAAAUCUACUUCAGUCAGAAGGAGAAGUGGAACUCUGGGGUGACCCCUCCGACCAGUCCUCCUCCUCCCUGAUUCACCCCUGUACUGGAUACUGGAGUCCAAAGGACAGGCUGGAGGUGGGGUGGGACAUGGAGGCCUAGGGGGGGAAUCAGAGGCCAGAGCUGUCCCCCAUGGUGAGAAUGGACCAAAACCAGAAGGAUCGACUGACCCAGGGCCAGUGGGAAACCUCAGCUCCACCCCCCCACCCCUGGGCUGACUUCUGAUGCCCAGGAGGCAGGACACUCAUAGGAGCCUGCCCAGCCAGGGCAUCCACUUCUGUACCCUCUCUAUCUUCAGACCAAUAAAGACUACCUGCUGCUGGCUCUGCCCAGCUGGGCCUCA